AUGGGCGGAACUGCUCCGAAGCUACCGCCCGUGGAAGGACCCACCAAAGCGGCGAUUAGAUGCGCCGAGAAUAUCGCCCUCCUCCGAAUCCUGCACGAAAUACCGCAAAAGGCCCUGAAGAACAGUCCGAGCUCCCUAGCUUUUCGGCAUGAUGAGUACAGCCUGCCGUUCGAUCGGGAACGACAUUUAACUGGGGUUUUAGCGUUUUUGUCAUGCUUGAAAGACGACCCGGGCCGUAUCCCAGCUACAUCAGUCCGGGAAUCCGGGAAAGGCUCCUCGCUGAAGCUCAAUGUCCUCGUUGCCGUAAAUCGUAAGAGCACAGAGGAUGGAAGGUCUGCUCUCCAAAAGAUUGUCGAGGGAUUCGACCGGAUUUUCGGCCACCUUCAUUUCAUCGAUCAGAAGGAAGAAGGGGAAAUCCGCGAUCGAGUCAUGGAUGCUAUUAUAUCCAUGUGUGAAGUGCGGAUUCUCGAGCGCCUCAACUUGGGCCGGAAGAAGACCAGAAAGGCUCGAAAUAGCGCCAAUGCAGGGAAAUCCAUCAUAGAAUUGCUUGAAGAAGCCGUUGACGAGCUACGGCGUACCGACCCCACAAAGAGUUUAGAUUCUGAAACUCAGUCUUUCGUAACAAGGGCUCGAUCCGUGAUACAUCAGGCCAAUGCGUGGAAGAAGCACAGCGUACCUGCAGAAAUGAAAGCGCUCAUCCGAGAGAUUUUCAUCUUGAGAAGCCUGCCCAAAUGGAAUAUCAUCACGGAGGGUGAAACUGGAGGGUCUCGGAUGGAAAAAAUGAUUAAAAGAGUUUCCAGAUACUUCGAAGCGGCGAUAUUCUUAUGCCAGACUGCGAAGAAAUUCCCCAUUGCGAGGAAAAUGACGGUGGUUGCCGUGGACCUGCCGGCCGACAUGUUGAAUCAGGUGCGGCCCCAGACCAAUCCUUCCGAUUUCGGGACCGCUUUCAGCCGGCUGGGAGAGGGCAAGAAGAGCAGGGCAUUCAUUCACCCCUUAAUCGAGACGACGGACCAAAUAGCAGAGGCUCAGUUCUUGGAAUACACCAGUGCCAUUCUCGAACCGACAACAGUCCACGCAGAGAUUCAAAUCUUGGCAUAUUGCGACUUGUACCCGAGGGGGAGAUAUCCACGAGUUGUGUGCUCCAGCAAGCAUGCUUGCUUUCUUUGCAACCAAUUCAUCACGCUACAUGCGAAGAUGUACACCCCUUCUUCUCAUGGGAGAUUGUAUCAUCGUUGGAGACUACCCAAUUUUGGGACUGUGAAUAUGAAGUCUGGCUUCAAUGCUCAGCUAGAAAAGUUUGGGAUGGAUAGCCUGAAAACGAUGCGCCAGACCAACAAGCGCAUCAAGCAUCCCGAUCCAAAUGAGAGUGCCUUACACUCACUUCUACUCUCGGAAACCUCCCUAUUAAAUGGCAUUGUAGCCGGGAGUACUGGACCAGAAGAGAUCAAUCCGAACGAAGGGACUGAAGAAGAUUCCGUACCUCAGGAACUGGAAAAUACGAAGCGCCACGGGGUGGACGAGCCGGAUUCUGAAGACGAAGGAUCAAGCACUAGUGAUGAUGUGGAGAGUGUAACAGCUGGGGUGAUUACUGAGAACGAUGCUGAGACUAGUGCUUUAGCACCUUCAGAAACUAAGUUUGAUGCUGUUGAAGAGAGGAGCGAGGAGAGAAGUGAAAAUCAAGAUUCAGCUACCAGCAGAACGGGCAAACCAGAUGGCAACUGCGAGGAUGGAAGUUGUGGGGAUGACAGGCCAGAAGUCGCUGUGCCCCCUUCUGUUGUUGUUGUUCCGCCAACACCAGUCCCUGACGAAACUCGACCAUCUCCUUUGGCAGAAGUUGAGUGGCUCCCGCCAUUGUGCGACAAGGGAGCUCUCAAUGAGCUGAAGCGAGGGGACGUAAUGUCUCACUCUCGUGACACGGAGACGUUGGGAUUACUGGUCGACUAUCCGGACGCAGUUGCAGGAUCUUCGGGGAUCGAGAAUAAGUCCCAAUGCGUUCGUUAUACUCUAGAGUGGCUCGACUCGAGAGAGGCCAGAGAAAUUCGCUUGGACCAGGAUAUUCCUAUUGUGGACGUUGACACUCUUGAUACGGAGGUAUCCAUUCCGCUGGAACGUGGCCAGAGAAAGGUGUUUUACCUCUCCAGUGGCAAGUCAGUGCUUCGCGUUCACUUGCUUCCCAGUAGUUGA